AUGUCGGCCAUCCGACAUGAAAGCGGGCGGCAGGGGAAGAAGACCCUGCUCAUUGAAGACGCAAUAGAAAAGAUGAGCGCGGACACUUUGGAGCAGUCGGAUGCUCAGCAAGAGCAGCAAGGGGUGGUGAGGAUCAAACUGGAGGACAUCAACGACUCGCCCCACUUGGCGUCCUCGCUGAAGACAUGUCACAUGACGCAGAACCUUCCCAUGCACGGAGCUCAGAUGACUGGGGACCUGACAUCUCUGCACAGCAUGCAGCAGUUGGUUCUGAUGCCACCAACUCACCUGUCGUCUCACCUGUCGCCACACCUGUCGUCUCCCUCCCCCUUCCUGCUCUCGCAGAACCCCAACAGCCACCAAGUUCUCCUGCAGCAGAACCUGAUGUCCCACCCCGGGCAGAACCACGCCGGCCUCCUCCAGCACCAGCCCGGGCUGGCUCUGACGCCACAGGCCACGAGUCGCUCCGGCCUGGUGGGGCCGUCCAUGGACAACCACCUGGACCUGGCGCACCUGCAGAUGCCCAAGCAGGUGGCCGCCCCGCCGCAGGAGGAGCCCAGCGACCUGGAGGAGCUGGAGCAGUUUGCCAAAGCGUUCAAGCAGAGACGCAUCAAACUGGGCUUCACGCAGGGUGACGUUGGCCUGGCCAUGGGGAAACUGUACGGCAACGAUUUCAGCCAGACGACAAUCUCUCGCUUCGAGGCCCUCAACCUGAGCUUCAAGAACAUGUGCAAGCUCAAACCUUUGCUGGAGAAAUGGCUGAGUGACGCAGAGAACUCGCCGUCUGACUCCAUGAGCAACUCCACAUCUCUGCCGCCUCUGAUGGAAGGUUAUGGCCGCAAGAGGAAGAAGAGGACCAGCAUUGAAACCAACAUUAAACUCACGCUGGAGAAACGUUUUCUGGAUAACCCCAAACCUAACUCUGAAGAGAUAACGCUGAUCUCAGAGCAGCUGGCCAUGGAGAAGGAAGUCAUUCGGGUUUGGUUCUGCAACCGGCGUCAAAAGGAGAAGAGGAUCUUUUGUCCCGUGUCCAGUUUAUCUGUCAAGUCCCAGGGUUACAACUCCAGGAUGGUGGCAGUUUCCAGGUCCUACAGCCCGCUGGCUUCAGGUGGAGUUUCUUCAAGUACGUCGCCAAACAGCACGAGUCGUGAUCUUUCUCCCAACAGCUUUUCCGCAGCCUCGCUAACGUCUCAGCUCAACCAGGCGCCUUACAGCACCGCCGGGUCCUGGUACCGGUCAUGGAGUUCCAACACGUAUCCCCACUGAGGAACUGGAACAUGAACUGGUUUUGUUGUUUAGAAGCGUUUAUGGCAGCGGAAAACAGGCGAUGCUUGAAUUUGUGACUUAGAAGAAAAUGAAGAAGAAGAAGGAGAGCCUGAGAGUCCAGCUCAUAAGCUUGUUAGCUAUAAACUAUUUAAUGAGGCGGAAUGUAAAUAUUCCUCUUUUAAUGUCAGCAGACUCGCAAUCUGCUAGCAAUGGAAAAAUGGAAUUGCUUCCAACUUGCCCGGCAUGUUUGUUUACAAGUUUUAGUCGACUGCUUGCAGCAAGUUAA